AUGAGUUGGAAUUGCUCAUGUGGAAACGACCAGCCCGUCGUUAUUAAAAACAGCGCAUCCACCGCCACUUCACAAACACUACCAUCCGUUAACGCCACUGCCGAGUUCACCUCAGGUUUGCGAGCAGCCUCAUCCCCCGCAAGCCAAAUAUAUAGACCUCUUUCAGAUGUGCCCGGUCCAUCGUUAUGGGGUAAUACUGUACAACCACCUGAUCAACAUAAUGCUGGCCCUGAAAAAGGUGCAUAUAAAAAAGCACAAACGCAACCAAUGCAACAACAGGGAAACAGCGAUAGAAAUGUAUUAGGUGAAAAAGUUAUGGCUCCAGCAAAGGUAUUGCCAACAACAAACUUAGGUGAAAAAUAUAUGCAGCACAAUUCUACCAACCAAUGUGGCCCAACAACGUCAUCCGGUUUUUUGUCAUCACAUACACAACUGCAGUUGCAGAUGCUGGAGGAAGAAAAAGAGCUACAGAGAAAAUAUUUGGAGAAGAAAUAUAGUAUCCUUUCUCAAGGUGAUCCAACUGCGUCACAAAUUGCAGCAAGACAGGUGAUACCAAAAGAGUUGCCAAAUUUCGAUGGCAAUCAUGAAGACUGGCCCCUGUUCAUCAGUAAUUAUAAAAAUAGCACAGAAAUAGCAGGCUACACUGAUGGUGAAAACUUAAUGCGUUUACAGUCGUGCCUUCGGGAUCGUGCCAAGGAACUGGUAAAAAGCAAAUUCCUAAUUCCAUCUAUGGUGAGUGAAAUUAUACAAACACUUGAAAUGUGUUUCCCAGAACAUAUUCUAGAUAGUAUGAUAGAGAAAGCAACGAAAAUCCCCCCACUUAAGGACAGGCUCGACAGCAUCAUCGAAUAUGCACUCACCAUACGAAAUAUUUGCUCAACUAUGGAGGCGUGUAAUUUAAUGGCUCAUUUAAAUAAUCCACUUCUGGUUAAAACUUUAGUUGAUAAAUUACCCAACAAUCAUAAGUUGAGUUGGGCAAUGCACAUAAAGGAUGACAAAGUUCCAGUGGUAAAAUCAUUCAGCGAUUGGAUAUACAAUAUAGCAGCCGCAGCUAGCCAAGUCGUGUCGCCCAUAGGUAGUAAAAAGACCGCAUCUGUAAACAAUCAUUCAGAGCAAGACCACCGCAACAAAUUAUUUUGUGUUUUUUGUAAAAGCGAGCAGCACAAAAUACAGAAUUGUGGUGAAUUCCAGUCCUUGAAUUUAGAUGCCAAGUGGAAAGUAGUAAACGAAAAUAAAUUGUGCCGCCAGUGUUUAAAUUCCCAUCGGCGUAAGUGUUUCUCAAAAAAGGUGUGUGAUAUCAGCAACUGUACGGCAAAACAUCAUCCUUUGUUACAUAAAUAUACAAUAUCAUCUAACCCUGUUGAAGUAGCAACUCAAGGGCGCAGUGGAAGUGUAAAUGCACACAACGACCGUAGUCAAGACACACAGUGUUUCAGAAUUCUCCCAAUUCGUCUAUAUUGGAAUGGUGGCUCUUUGACGACGUUCGCAUUUUUAGAUGAAGGUUCAUCAGUGACCUUAAUAGAGCAAAGCCUUUUCGAUAAGUUAGGACUUACCGGCAAACAAGAACCUUUGGAGUUACGUUGGACUGGCGAUACAACUCGAUCUGAAAACGAUUCUGUAAAAAUUAAUAUAGAAGUAUCCAGCAUCAAAAAUGAUAGUAGAUUCACACUUUACGAUGUGCAUACAGUAAAUAAUCUUGGUCUUCCAAUACAGUCUAUAAAUUUUGAUGAUAUAGUCAAGGACAACACAUAUCUGAAAGGUUUGCCUAUACAGUCAUAUACAAAUGCAAAACCGAUGGUUCUAAUUGGCCUUAACAAUUGGAGACUGGCUGUUCCUUUAAAAAUUAGAGAAGGCGGACGUACUCAGCCAAUUGCAACAAAGACUCGUCUGGGAUGGACCCUGCAAGGUAGUGGCACAGAUUUAAAUAAAUUUUCUACACUAAAUAUACACACAUGUGAGUGCGAUACUCAAUAUAGAAAUCUACACGAUGAAGUGAAGGAAUAUUUUGGCCUAGAUACUCCUCAAGAGAAAAACAUUUUGUCGUCGGAGAACAACAGAGUUAUGCAAAUUCUUGAAACUACCGCCAUUAAGAAGAAUCAACAGUUUGAAGUCGGUUUACUCUGGAAAGACGAAGUCCCACAAUUGCCAGAGAGUUAUGAAGUCGCUUGUCAUCGCCUAAAGUGUCUCCAAAAGAAAUUCAAUAAAGAUCCACAGUUACAGCAGACUAUGCAAUCGGAAAUCGAUAAACUUAUUUCCAAAGGUUAUGCACGAAGGGUAUCAGAGGCAGAAAUGUUUUCUCAUGAAGGUCGUACCUGGUAUCUUCCAAUUUUUGUUGCCCUAAAUCCGAAUAAACCUGGUAAAGUUCGUCUAGUAUGGGAUGCAGCAGCAAAGUCGCAUAAUAAGUCUCUAAACGACUUUUUAAUUUGUGGUCCUGAUUUACUUACGUCACUUUUUAACAUUUUAAUUGAGUUUCGUGUGGGACAAAUAGCGAUUUGUGGUGAUAUAGCAGAAAUGUUUCAUCGUAUAAAUGUUAAGGACGAAGACAUGCAUGCCCAGCGAUUUUUGUGGUUCGAAAAUGGCACCAUUAUUCCACGACCAUGUGUUUAUGUAAUGAAGGCCCUGACCUUUGGUAUAAGCUGCGCACCCUGCAUCGCUCACUUUGUUAGAAAUAGAAACGCAAGUGAUUUUAAGAACAUGUACCCUCGCGCUGUGAAAUCGAUACAGUGCUAUCAUUAUAUGGACGAUUUUAUCGAUAGUGUGAACACCGAAGAAGAGGCGAAGGAACUGGCGAUUCAAGUUCGAAUGAUUCAUGCAGCUGCUGGGUUUCAUAUGAGAAACUGGGUUACUAAUUCCGCGCAAUUAAGACAACACCUGUCUGAUGAUGGCUCGGCAAAUCAGACCUCAUUUAAAGCAAUAGAAAAAUGCUUGAUUUUCGAGGCUUCGAAGAGAUGUGUUCCAGCCGCAUGUGGUCCCUACUAA